AUGUCGAACGGCAUUGUUGGCGCAACUUAUCAGGCCAUCAUCGCAAAGGUGAUUGAGGCAUCCGAGAAUGAUUUCCUCGAGAAUGGUGUCGACCAGUCGUUACUGCACGAGAUGAGAGAGGGAUGGCAAAAACGCCUCACUGAUUUGAAGGGUGCCAACUAUCCAUGGGAUCCCACACCUCCUCAGCCGAUAAAUCCACCCACUGUACCCUCGAAUGGCCCGAAACCCGAGCAAUCAACUACGUCAAUGAACGGACAACAACCUGGCCAGCGUAGCAACUACACAGGGCCCCAGAUCAAGCAGGAGAUGAAGCAGGAAGAUGGACUAAGCAACCUUCCUUCACAAGAAUAUCCGCCCCCCGUGCCGACUUAUCGGUCUGGUCUUGACAGGAACGUAGCCCAGCAACGCGCUGCAGACCUUCUUCAGAGAGACUUUGGAUCCCAGGCUGCUCAGUCCAUAGCCGCUAUUCCAACCCAAGCCAAUGGACAACAGCGGCCACAGCACAUCCAAAUGCCCCCGCAGAAUCAGCAACAGCAGAUGCAGCGAAUGCAGCAACACUUGCAACAGCAGGCACAGCAACAGCGCCAGCAGCAGUUACAGCAGUUGCAGGCUCAGAACCAGCAGCGACAGCAACAACAGUCGAAUGUGUAUCAGGCACAACAUGAUGGUGCCGGUGAUGAGCCCAUGGAGUGGACUGCCCAUCUUGCAGCAAUGCACUCCCAGGGUGAAAGUAGUCGAAUGGCUGCUGACGCUUUUCUCCAAUCUCAAAUCGACUCACUCUCUGCGAGUAUGGAUAGUGGACUCCUUGUGCCUCUCGAUGAGAUCCCUGCGUCUAGGCGAUCCAAGCUUAAGAAGGCUGUGAAGCGUCGAGCUGCUUGGGUGCCAUCCCAAGCAUCCUCAAGCGAGCCUCGCGUGCCCCAGCUUGAUGGCAUUGACGAUGACGACGAUGAUGAUGACGAGAAAAAGAUACCCGAUGACGAAGCCAUAAACUCGGACCUAGAUGAUUCAGAAGAUGAGCUCAACGAAGCAGACGAUGACAGCCAGGACAUUGGCGACAUCAUGCUGUGCACUUAUGACAAAGUGCAGCGCGUCAAGAACAAAUGGAAGUGCACCCUUAAGGAUGGUAUUCUCACCACUAAUGGGAAAGACUACCUCUUCCAUAAGGCUACUGGUGAAUUCGAGUGGUGA